AUGGAACCACAAACACUGCAUAUCGCGCUGCCACCCGAACUAUGGGACCCCAUCGUCGACGAACUGUCGUCUGACCGCUCAGCCCUCCGGGCAUUCAGCCUAACACAGCGUGCAUGGGUCGCUUCGACCCGGCGGCGCCUUUUCAAGGCGAUCGAGCUGAGGGGCACCGAGCGCUGUGAACGCUUUCGAGACAUCCUCAUUUCAUCUUCGUCGGUCGGUACGGGUGUGGCGCAGUGGGUAUCCGACGUCACACUCAGCGUGGUCCGCCUGCGUCUCGACGUCCCCGAGGACGCGGAGGCGUCCGAUAUACCACUCCUGGAGGAGACACUCUCGAGGCUGCCCAACGUGGACAGUCUACAAUUGUACGACGUGGAUGUCAAAUGCGGGCCGGAGAGUCAGACCGACGGCGAUGCCAGGCUAGAGGAGGGAUACCCAGAUAGGCCGCUUCGAUCGUUGUUCACCUUACCGAAGCUGCGUUUGCUGGCCCUCAAGUCAAUCUCGUUCGGAUCACCCUUUGACACAAUGCUUCUGAUCUCUGCUUUUCCGCAAAUCUCUUCGUUGAAUUUCCUAUACCUGUAUCAUCCGCGUCUGGAUGUGGAUCCGACACACUGGCCGCCUCAGCUACGAGCCUACUGA